CGUUACCAUGGCAUGAGGAAAAGAUACCCUGUUACAGUAUCAAUCGCAAAAGAAAAACGCACAAUCUACAGAGAACUAACAACACAACACAGCGCAAUACUACGCCAGUAUUAUGAACGUCGAGGGAUUUCGCGACGAAGAGGGAAAGGAAAACGUCGAGGUUCCCUUUGACACAUGCGACAAAUUCGACAACGACGACGAAAGCGAUCAGGACCCCACGGUGGAAUCCCGAAGAACUUUUGACGACUUCUUGGAAGCUGGCUUUCAGGCUACCAAGGGAUUGGCCGCCCCGUUGUAUGCAUCACCACCACCAACAACAACGGCCACGUCGUCGUCGACUUCCUACCACACAAUCGGCAGUAGCCACAACCCACUGAACGAUGCCGUUAGUGUCAACAUCAGCAAUAUUCCAAACAGUAGCGGAAUUCACAUCGCUUCUUUUUGCAGGCAGUGGAGAUACUGGUGCAUUCUGCUGUCUCUGGGGGUCGCAAACUCCUCCGAUGCUACCGAGAUUCUGUGCAUUUCGUACAUGCUGGGGGAUCCCGUCUUCCGAUCUAACAUGCUGGGCGAACGCGAGGGCGGCGAUGGGGCGAGUCACGGGUCCGGGCUCCUUGCGGCCGCCGUAUUUUUGGGGAUGCUCCUUGGGGGAUUGGUGGUCGGCACGAUGGGUGAUUGGUAGGCACACAUAGCUCGUGGAUUGCCGUGAUAAAAUUGUGCAUGGAUCUGGAUCAUUGAACAACGAGACCAAGCUGUUUUUUCGGACUGUAUAGGCUUGCGAUGCUUGUGCAUUUCAGUCCCUCUCGAACCAGCCAGCCUGCAGCACAAUCCGAUAUAGAAACAUUUCCUUGAAAACUGGAAGCUUUUUCUAAUAUUAUUGUUCUGUCGUUCCCCUUGCUUAUUUGCUCUUCGUGCGGGAAAACAUGAUGUAUUUUCCAAAACAAUACGUACUGUAUCCCAUGCGACAACCACAACAAAUCAUCCUGUCGUGAAUUCUCUGAACACGCAUCCAAACAUAAUGCUACGAAUCGAAUCCAUCUCCACCAGGAUCGGACGGAAGCCCAUGCUCCUGCUGGGGCUCUCGUGCAACUCGGUGGCUGGGGUUCUCUCGGCCCUUGCUCCCAGCCUGUAUGCACUGGCUCUGCUGCGGUGCAUCGCCGGGGUCGGCAUCGGAGCAACCGUCCCGCCCCUCUUUACCCUGGCCACGGAGCUGGCCCCACCUUCGGCCCGAGGGGUCUGCGUGACGGUCUGCGCGAGUUUCUGGAUGGUUGGGAGCAUCUACGUCGCACUCGUUGCGCUGUGGUGCUUCGAGGGACCAGCGGCGGAUGCUAGUGAUGCCGCGGCGUUGGCGAUCGCCACCUGGAGGGUGUUUGCGUUCAUCUGCGCCGCACCGAGUGCGCUCGGGGCAGCACUCGUCUAUUGGCUGGUUCCGGAGUCCCCGCGAUUUUUGGGCAUCGAGGGGCGAUCGGAAGAGGCAGUAGCAAUAGCCAAUUCCCUCGUCUGCAGCAUGAACGGUGGGAGCGAAAGCGGCAUUGCGGUCCCUCCUCUCACGAUCGAAGAACUGGAGGAUACCUUUCCCUUGUCCGCCCUCCGUGACCUAGAGGACCGACAGCUUCUGAACGGAGGCAGCGACCGGGGGAUGCCCGAGUCGGGUGUUUCCGGAAGAGGUGUAGAGGCACUGGCAUUUUUGGAAGCGACGGCCUCGGAUUUUGUUCGAUCGACCUCCAAGCUAUACGAGCCAAACCUGCGGCGGACCACCUGGCCUCUCCAGCUGGUUUGGUUCUCCCUUAGUUUUGGGACCUACGGGCUGCUCACUUGGAUCAACUUGCUGUUCGAGAAGGUCAAUCUGGAGAACGUCUACGUAAAUGCCCUCUUGUUUGCCGCUGCAAACCUUCCGGGAAACCUUCUCUCGGCCCUGCUCAUGGACAGGAUCGGAAGGUCGACAUCUCUCAUCGGCAGCAUUGCCUGCGCAUCGGUUAGCUUGAUGCUUUUUGCCCUGAGCGCGGUGUGGACCAACCCCACGGGGAUUGUCCUCAGCGCCUGCCUCUUCCAGUGCUUCACAGUGGCCGCCUGGAACACCAUCGACACCAUGACCUCGGAGCUCUUUCCGACCCUGGUUCGAUCUACAGGCCUCGGCAUGUGUGCAGCCAGCGGUCGCAUUGGUGCCCUCAUCGCCCAAUUCGUGAACGAUGCUCUAGUGGAAAAACCGGUGCGGCUCCUUCUGGUCGCCUCCGGAACACUGCUGCUUGGGGCCGUAACGCCGUGCCUGCUACCGGGGGACAUGACGGGUCGGCCCGUUCAUGACGAUAUGGGGACCGGAGGAAGAAAUCCCGGUCGCAUCUUCCAGAGGAAGAACAGCGGAACACGCUGCCUGGGAAACGAGCGUCAUCCAAGCAUCAACAGCCAAACCUCCGACACCGUUAGCGGCACGGUUGUACAACGUGUAUCGCGGCGGUAGUCUUCCGGUGACGACGGCAAGCGAAACGAACUCAACAGCCAUUAGCAACUUCAUUUGGUUGAGAAAGGAUAUUCGAAACAAAGAAAUACACACAAGCACCGACAAUCGUUUGGUGGAAGAGAACAAGUCCCGCUCGACAAAUCAUAAAGUGCUCUCGGAAAGACUGUUCACAGUGGAAGGCAAGGCACAAACAAACGAAGGAACACCUGAAUGACUCGAUUCAUGAAAAACAAAACAUGUCAUGCCGGGUAGAGGCUGUGACUCAAAAGGGUCGGGUCGUUUUCUCUUGAGACUUAAGGUUUUGAUUUGCACAAAGGAAUCGAAGGUUGAAUCUAACUGACUAGUCUGAAAAGGGUUUUGAACAAACGACUCGAUUCCAUUGUUGCCAAUGUCGGGAAGAUUAUAUCUCAUCAACACAUUCCAUUACAUUUCACUCUAGUCUUCCUUGUUUUCCAAGGCUAGGGCAUCAAAWWUUUUUUAAGCUACAACAUACAUGCUACCGACGAUCUCAUUUCGACACAUGAGAGAUUGAUUCCUUCCAAAGCUAUUUGCAACAGCCUUAUUCCUUUUGCUUCCGUUGUCUGUGCGAAGUGUCAUCCGUAUACAAAUACAUUUCCCCCAUCGACUAGCGAAUCAUGAACGGAACAACAAAACGAACAAGUGAUACAAUAUCCACUCCGUCAUGGUAUGAGCAGUCCAAUCGAAAAAUUCUCCUCGAGCCCAUGGAUGCAUUCUGCAAAAAGGUUAGAGAAUGAUUCAUUCACUCACUGAUUCCUUGCGGUGCACUGCAUUUAUUUUUAUCAGUCGUUACGGCUCGUUCGUGCGUUAUGAACCUUGAGGUACUGGGCGUGGAGCAGAUCGAGGAACCGCUCGUCCUGGAUAAGGGACAAGAGGGCGAGCUGAAGAGAUUUCUUGUCCAAAGUGGGGGGCUGCUGGGUUCCGUGAGUUGGCGUYGAGUUGUUCGACGACGGCCGCUGCUGCAAUGGGGCGCUCUGAGCAGUGGUGUCGCUGUUGCUGCUUCCACCAAUGUUCAGGGCGGCAAAGAGGGACGCCGUGGCGGCGUUGCGAUCGACCGCUGGUGUUGGCGCUGGUGGGGGAGCUUCUUUCAGGGUGUUUAGGACACGGGUCAGCAGGUMGUUCAUGCUCGCCCGCUCGCUAUCGUUCGGAAACCAGAUCCCCCGUAUCGUAGCUUUGUUGUUGUCUGCCCCGUCGUAGUUCUUAAAAAUCAAAAAGGGAUCGCUUUUCUGGAGCUGGAAGUCGCUCGUGAAGUCCAUUGUGUAGUUAUUGCUAGAGUUCCGGUUUAGGAUUACCAGCACGUUCUUGUUGCUGUUGAUGCUCCCAUUUCGUACCGCAAGCGAUAGGGGUCCCUCGACGUCCGAUUUUUCCCAGGACUGCGAAUCGUCGCGAAAGUGAUAGAGUACUACGUGGGUGGCACCGCCAAGAAUGUCGACUAUGGAGGGAUCAACGCUCCGCUUCAGCAACCGCAGAUUGGCCUCCUUUCGGGCCUCUUUGUUGACGUUCAGACUAAUCUUUGUCAUUUUUUGUGUUUUUUUUGUUGGUCGUUAGUUUCGUGCGGUACUCGGUUUGGUUUGAAUCGAAUGGAGGGGAAUUGGAUUGAAACGGAAUUUGUUCAAAGUUGUCUUGUUUUGGACCCGGGGAAAGUAAAAAAAUAAUGUACUU